CUUACCCCACGCCUGCAGUACAACAGGCAGCAGCUUCCGCAUCUCAGCAUCUAUCACUCAAACCAUCCUACAACACGAACAAACCGCUUCUUGAAGCAUACUCGUAAACAUGGUGAACAUCAACAUUGCAUACACCUCCCGCAUCAACCCCGCCGGUGCGACACCGGUGCUCAACGAAGCACAAAUCUGGGCUGGCCUGCAGCGCAAGAUACGUUUUGCCCAAGAAUUCGUGCCUGUGAUUGAGAGCUGCGAGGUACUUGAAGAGAAAGAUGGAGUGGUAACUAGGGACGUCAAAUUCAAGAAGGGAACGGGCCCCAAGGAUCAGGCCAAGGAAGUCGUUAGAAGCUACUGGCCGAGUUGGGUCGAUUUCGAGCAAGAAGACGGAAGUCAUGUCCGCAACAUCAUCUCCGAUGGUCCAUCUGGUGAGACCGAGGACUUGAACAUGACUUAUGCUUUCGAGUGGAUCAUGCCAAAUUUGCAAGAGGGGACUCCAGAAGCUGACAAGGAGAGGCAACGACUCAAGGGCAUGGCGAAGAAAGCAGUUGAGAGCAGCAUCGACGCGAUUCGGGAGAUGGUCAAGGAUGGCAGGGUCAAGGCAUAAGAUUUAUUGACGGUACGGAAAGAGGUUGCGUGUUCAUGGACCAUCGUCAGCCAACCUUAGAUACCAAACGAAGUCGUUAUAGAAAAAUAAUGUCUCCUACAUUGUGUCUUUCCCGCAUGAUCUACGC